AUGCGAACGCACUUUUUCCUUCGCUUCACGCUUGGCCUUCUCGCUAGCACCUCGGCCGCCAUCCUCAUACCACGAGGAGCGAAUGGGACUCUGCAAGACCGCACGACAAUCUACUUCCCCGGUCCUAUCCCCGGCCAUAGCAAUACGCGGACCAUCCAUGACGACCUGCAAGUCGCCGCCAAACUAGCCUCACGCUCCUCCUCCGAUAACACCAACUCCAUCACCACCGGCGAGCUGCCGGCCAGCGAGGAAGGAACAGAUGAGAAUAGUAUGAACGACGGGAAGAACUCCUCCAAGAGGGCUCUGGUACCAUCGACGGCACCAAAGGGCGACGAAAAGGUUAAGAAGAAGAAGUCAACGGAUGAUCUCUGGCCCAAAGUGGGUGCGGUUGCAGGAGCGGUGGUUGUUCUUGUCUGUAUAGUCGUAGGGUACAAGGUCCACAAGAAGGGACACCAGAAAGAGAUGGGAAGAAUGAAAAGAGGAAAGCAGGAGAAGAAGAAGUGGUAUGGAAGCAGCGAGUACCGAGCGAGAAGAACGACUGUGCAUGGGUGA